AUGGAUGAAGAAACAAUGUUUGCAUUUGUUGGUCUAACCUUAGAGAAACCUAGUGAUGCAGCAUUAGAUGGAAUGAAUUAUGGUCCAAUUGUUGAUGAGGUAAUGGACAUACCAGUUGAUGACAGUAUUCCUAAUGAAGAGAAUGUAUUUUAUGAUAUGGAUGACCCUCCGAUGGAUGUUGGAACCAUAUACACAAAUAUGAAUGAUUUUAGGAAAGCAGUGAAGCAACAUGCUAUAAAGACUCAGUUUGAACUAGGAACAGAGAAAUCCAACCCAAAUUUGUUCAGGGGCUUCUGCAAAGUUGAGAGUUGUCCAUGGUCAAUUGUUGCUAGGUGGAUGAAAAAUGAAAAGCAUGUGAAGAUUUGUUUGAAUAAAGGUGAGCAUUUUUGUUCAUCCACUGGCAGAGUAAGGACCAAGAUGGCAUCGUAUCAUUGGGUUGGAGAAAAGGCAAUUCCUUUUUUAAAGAAAGAUCCAAACAUGGGAGCAAUUAAGUUGCAAAAUGAGUUGCAGGAGAAGUAUGUCACCACAAUUCAUUAUUCUACUAUAUAUGUCGGUAUGCAUAUUGCACGUGAAAAAUUGUAUGGAACAUGGGAGGACAGUUUUGGGAAUUUGUUUAACUUUAAGGCAAUGGUUGAUCUUAAAAUGCCAGGGAGUGUGGUUGAGAUAGGGUUGAAAGAGACUGAAGACGGGGUUUACUUUCAAAGAUUUUUUUGUUGCUUCAAACCAAGUAUCAAUGGCUUCCUAAAUGGGUGUAGGCCAUAUUUAAGUGUAGAUGCAACGUCUCUUAAUGGUAGAUGGAAUGGACAGCUAGCUUCAGCUACUGCAUUAGAUGGGCACAACUGGAUAUUUCCACUUGCUUUUGGGUUGUUUGAAAGUGAGACCAAUGAAGAAUGGAUUUGGUUUAUGGAGCAGCUAAAGAGGGCAAUUGGAAGUCCACCUCAUUUAGCUAUUUGCUCAGAUGCAUGCAAGGGGUUGGAGAAUGCUGUGAAGGCGGUGUUUCCAUUGGCAGAACAUAAAGCGUGUUUUAUCCACUUGAUGAAGAAUUUUUCUAAGAGGUUUCAAGGUCCGAUUUUUGGAAACAUGUAUCCAGCAGCUAGGACAUUUUGUCCAAUUUAUCAUGAAAAACUAAUGCACAAGAUGUACAAAGCAAAUGAUAGGGUGCAACCAUUCUUAGAGACAUAUCACAGCCUGCUCUGGAUGAGGAGCAAAUUUUCCGAAGACAUCAAAUGUGACUACAUUACAAACAAUAUUGCACAAGUGUGGAACAACUGGGUAAAGGACCUUAAGGACCUUCCAAUAGCCGAGCUAGUUGACAGUCUGAGAUCAAAGUUCAUGGAGCUCUAUGCAAGGAGGAGAGAUAUAGGUGAAAGAUUGGAAGGCCACACCAUGCUUCGAAUUAUUGAUCGUCAUCUCAAUGUUCUUAGUAGACAAUUGGGCAACUUGAAGGUCAAAGUAGGUGGUAUGGGUGAGGCAGAGGUGACUGAGAUCACAGAUAGACACAAGGUAAUUAGACAUGUUGUGAAUCUUGCACAACACACUUGCUCAUGUAGGGAGUGGCAAGUCUCAGGGAAACCAUGCCCACAUGCAUUAGUAGUGAUAACUUCACAUAGAAAUCCUAAAAUGGAAGAUUACCUACAUCCUUACUUUUCAGUGAGUCUAUUUAGGCUAGCAUAUACAGGGAUAAUUAGCCCAUUUCCCGACAAGUCUCAGUGGCCUAGCAUAGACCUUGGCUUCAAGGUGUUACCUCCUUUGAAAAAAAAAGCUCCCGGCAGACAGAGGAAGCAUAGGAUACCUGGAUGCUUAGAAGGCAAAGGAAACAAAUCUAGAACAAAAGGAAUGUGGCAGGUCCAAUGUAAGCAAUGCAAAGAGUUUGGUCAUAGGGAGUCAUCAGCUAAAUGUGUCUUUAAUGGAACAAAGAAAAGGAAGAGCCGUGCAAAGGGAUGA